AUGGCAAACAUUGAACCCGUCCACUUCUUUGACAUUACCUCCACUCUGCCCGGAGCGCAAAAGUCAUGGUCACCCAACACCAUCAAGGUCCGCUCUGUCCUGAACUUCAAGGGCAUCCCAUACACCCAAAGCUGGAUCUCCUACCCGGAUAUCGCCCCGUUGAUCAAAAGUCUGGGAAUUGAGCCUCACAAGACCGGACCUGCAGCAUACACUUUGCCUGCCAUCGUGCAUAAGUCCUCGGUGACCUCCAACCCUCAUGGCGCAAUGAUGGACUCGAUUCCCAUCAUCCUGCACCUGGACAAGACUUUCCCGUCCAAGCCUCUCUUCCCUAGCGGGGACGCCAGCUAUGCCUUGCUCAUGGCGGUGAUGAAGAUUACGACGGCAACAGCUCCUGCCCCGCGCACCUUGAUCAUACCUCAGGUGGCAGAUCAAUUGGACCCCCGGGGCAAGGAAUACUUCAUUGAGACUCGGUCCAAAUUCUUUGGCAAGCCUCUGGCGGAAGUCCGACCUACCGAUCAAGCUACGAUCGAUCAACUUUGGAAAGACGUCGAGUCUCAUAUUGAUACUCUCGCGGCCAUGCUGCGUGGUCGCGAGGGCAAAAAGGGUCCUUUCUUUGAAGGCGAGACCGCGGGAAUGGCAGACCUGUACCUCGCUAGCUUCAUGGCCUGGUUCGAACGCAUCGAUCAGACAGCGUUUGAGCGGUUUACCUCGGUGGGUAAUGGCGAGCUGAAGACUUUGUGGGAAGCGUGCAAGCCUUGGAUCAAUGGCCAGGGAGAGGAGAAGGAGUGGCCCAUCCCCCAGGCGUCUACCUGA